AUGCCGGCCAUGUCGGAGCAAUCGCAAACCACCACCUCGGAGACUCCUUCGGGCUUCUUCAAUUCCGCUUUCAUGGAGAUCGAGUCGUACUUUGACUUUCCCGCCGGUGACUCGAAGGGCGGACCGGAAACAUCAAUGCCGGAUUCCUCGUUCCGUUCCCCGCGAUUGACGCCCUUAGCUUCUCCCUCGCUGGACCGACAGCUUUCCCCCACGAGCGCAGACGUAUGGCGGGGCCUCCGUGACUCGCCAGCUCUCGGUGGCUACACAUCCUCGUUCGUGCCCCCUCCGCUCUCGAUGAGCACCACCUCGGUGGCGGAGUCGCAGCAGGCGUCUCGAGCACAGCAAGACGGAAUCGCACCGAUACAGAUCACGAGCUCGUUCGUGGGCCAGCCAUCACCGCCGGACUCUUCCGGGGACGAGCCGGAUAAGUACGGGCCACCCGGUGAUAUCUCACCACUGGAUAGCCUGAUCUCCCACAUGCCCAACGAUUCCACACGCACAAUUCACGGUCAGGUCACUCCGCCGGAGGACUACCACAAAUCCCCCACGCUCUCACACAUCUCCUCGCUCAUCCUCCCCACACGUCUGAUGUCCCCCGAAGGCUCCCCGGAGCUGUCCCCGCGCACCUCUCCCGCGCACCAGCGGCGUACAUCGAGCAACUACUCGGGGGAAGGCUCACAGGACGGUGGAGGUGGUGAUGGUGGUGGACCGAGUAAACGCCGCCGCUCCUCGACGCAAUCGGUGCGCAAAUCGCGCAAGAAUUCCACCAGCGAGGAAGCACCCGAGGUGCAGGAAGCGAAGCGUCGGCGGUUCCUGGAGCGCAACCGCGUAGCGGCCAGCAAGUGCAGACAGAAGAAGAAGGCGUGGAUGCAAGACCUCGAGAGCGACGCGCGCGACGCGCAAAACACCAGCAAGCAGUUGAAAGCCUGCGUCGGGAUGCUGAAGGAGGAGGUCCUCCAGCUCAAGAACGAACUGCUGAAACACAACACCUGCGAGUGUCUGCAGAUCCGACAGUAUCUCAGCAACGAGGCGAUCCGGCUUGCAGAUGGGCCGCUGGGAAGGAGCGCGAGGGCGAGUAAUGCAUCGAGUUACUCUUACACCUCCCAGUCUUCGGCGGAUAUACCCGAGUGCAAGAUCCACCCCGCGCUCCAGGACGGCGGAGAAUAUGACCUGGAGAUGCUCAAGAGCGCGCCAUAA